GGCGCCAGGAGUUGUACCGGGCGAUGGCGGCGGGUGCGCUCUGACGGGGGCGGCGGCGGGGCCGUGGUGCAGCGGCGGGCGCCAUGGCGUGCUCCCACAGCGUGGUGUUCCUGCUGGACACGGCCAGCCCAGGGCGGCGGGAGCGGCUCCAGCGUGGCGCCUUGCGGCUCCUCAACUACCUGGGCUGCCGCUUCGGCCUGCCUCGCCUCCGCUGGGCCUUCAGGUUCUUCGACUCGCUGGGGGGCCGCGGCCGGGCCUCGUGGGGCGGCGGCUUCCGCCCGCCGGGGCCCGGCGCCUGGGCCCGUUUCGAGGAGGAGCUGGGGGAGCGGUUCGGGGCGCGGAGACCCGCCGCUGUCCUGCCCGGGCCGGCGCCCCGCGCCGCCCUCACCCACCAGGGUCUCAAGGAGACGCUGCUCGACUUCCAGUGGGACCGCCCCGAGAUCGCGUCCCCCACCAAGCCGCUCCGCAGGAGUCGGAGGACGGAGCUGGCCGCCGGAGAGCCCCCGGAGAGCCAGGCGCCUUCCGAAGGCUUUGUGAACGCCGUCUUCCUCUUCUCCCCCUGUCCCCACUCGCGGAGGGAGCUGCGGCGGUUCGUGUCGGGGAGCGACGCCCCUUCCUCCCCUGGGGAGCCGACCGCGGCUCAGGAGCUGGUCGAGAAACUCCUGCCCAGGAGUGUCAGGGAGUUGAUUGCGGAGCAGAAGAUCACGCUGUUCUGGGUGGACACUGCCGAGUGGUCUCAGCUGAUUGAAUCCCCAGAUCAUGUUGGAUACUGGACAAUGUUUGAGCUGAUCUGUCAGGUGGGAGGCACCAUUUUGCCGGCUGAAACCUUAGUGCAUUGUUUGAAUCACCACAGGGCAGACCUUGCUCAUGGCUUUCUUGGAGACUCAGGUUCCCCAGUGCCACAGGUUGUGCCUUGGACCACGCUUCUGCCAUUGGAUGCAACUUUGAACUGCUUGUUCUCCAAGCGCUCUUUAUUUCAAGCGGUAUUCCCCCAGCAAGAAGGAACAUUGUUUCUUGGCAUGCCUGGAGGAAAGAAGCAGGAAAGUUGUGCUGUGAUCCUGGAACCACUCACCAUGAGUCAGAGACAACUGUGUUGUCCAGUCAACAUCCUCCUGAAAGGUAGCUUGACGGGUUGGAGCUUGGUGCAGGCUGGCCACUUUCUCACAGAGAGCUGGAUACUGCAGUGCUCACAGGCUAAGCAGGCAGAACAUAACAGAUCACUCUUUCAUCAGCUCUUAAGGAGUUUAGUGACUGAAGAACUACACAUGGUCGCUGAAGUAUCUCUAUCUAAAGCUUGGUGCCCCUGCACUGCUGUUUUAUCACCACUUUCUGAGAGUACUGCAGUUCUGACUAUACUUGGUACUGAGAAGACCGCUGAAGUUCAGCGAUGCAACCUUGAAGGAGCUGUAGUGGAGAGCUCUUCCCAAGACCACGCUCUUAACCUUCCAGAUAUUGUGAAUACUGUGCUGAGUGAAACUGACACAGUGGUGGAAGAUUCUGUGGCCACUAUGGGAGAAGAAACUGCCAUGCCAGAGUGGGUCCAACAGGAACUUUCCCGUACAGAGAGCUGGUAUCCUUCAGUGCUUGAAGCAUGGUAUCCUGCAUCAAAUGCUUGUGGGGCGAGCUCAGAUCUGAUGGAGUCGUUCAGGCUCCUGCAGGUUCCUUGUGCUAAUGGGAAGGAUGAUGCAGACCAAUCUGAAGGAGAACUCUCAGAAAGUCUAUGUGAGCUGUACCAGAGAAAAUCCAGUGAAACAUCUGCUGCAGCUGGGUCAGGAAAUAACAAAAGGAGACGUGUAGUUCCCCGAACUCCGGUCAGGCAGAAGAUGAAGACUAUGUCAAGAUCCCUGCAGAUGCUCAAUGUAGCAAGACUGAAUGUAAAAGCUCAGAAGUUUCAACCUGAGGGUGCACCACCAACAGUGAAUGAGAAGGUUUCGCAGAAGCUUUCAGCAAGGAGAUUGGAUGAAAAGGUGGAAGAAAAGGAUAAAGCGCUUAAGAUACCAAUAGACUUCAAAACUGAGGAGGAACUGCAGUCCCAUUUAAUUGCAAGCUACCAGAAGGCUGUGACUGAGGGAAUUCUUUCAUCUGUGUGUGCCCAGAAUAUGAUCAUGGCCAUUAAAAGGUUUUUGAAAGUACAAGAUGCCAAAGAGAAAGAGGUGGCCUGUGUGGAAAGAGUCAGAAACCAUCUCCUGAAGACCAGUAAAAUGCUCAGGCAACAGCAUGGCUCCCAGAAGGAGACCAAAGUCAGAGAGUGCCGACUUCAGGUAUUUUUGCGCCUUGAAUUAUGUCUUCAGUGCCCUUCACUGCAAAGCAACAGUGAUGAAAUGGAGCAGCUGUUAGAAGAGAUGACGGAUAUGCUACGCAUUUUAUGUCUGACUGAAGACCCAGGGUAUCUUACAAAGUUUCUGGAGGAAAUACUAGAAUUGUAUAUGAAUUCUAUACCAAAGACCCUUGGAGAUAUUUAUUAUGGUCUUGGUACACAAAUACCCCCGAAGCUGACAUCUGUUCUGCCUGCGGACUUCUUCAGUGAUGACUCUGUGAUUGUGGAUAGCAAAUCUCCAGGCCUUCCACGGUCUUUAUCAUCUGCCUUAACUCCCAGCACUGUAAGCCUAUGCACCGAGAGUGAUCAGCUGGAGGAGCUGCGCACCAGAUCUGCCAAAAAGAGAAGGAAUAAUGUGUUGGCCAGACACAGGAGCAUGACAGAAGCACCACAGAACUUGCGUCAAAUUGAGAUUCCCAAGAUAGCCAAGAAUCCCAUCAGAAAGGAGAACUUGCAUUCUUACCUUGCCACUGAGAAGUCCCAACAGAUGCCAGUGUUGCAGAAAGCAGCAGUGCAAGAGGUUACAAAGGUGAGGAGGAACCUCUUCAAUGAAGAGAUACAUUCAUCAUCAAAAAGGUCUAUGAAAAAGAUGCCUAGAAGUCAGUCAGUAUCUGCUGUGGAAGGCUUAAGCUACAAAUGUAGUGAUAAAGGCCCUAAAGAUCAUCACAUAUUAUUGACUAAGAGAGUUGCAGAAACGCCACUACAUAAGCAGGUGUCCAGGAGACUACUACAUAAGCAGAUCAAAGGCCGGUCUUCUGAUCCAGGUUGCGUUAAUGGUGUUGUAGAAGAAUCUCCAGAUAAGGACAUAAACGAAGCAGGUUUGAGAAGAAGCCCACGCAUCAAACAGCUGUCUUUGAAUAGGACCUGCUCUGGUGUUUUCUAUUCCACUACACAGUCCAGCUCACAAAAGUCACAGCAAGUCCAUCAGGGACAGAAAGAGGAGAGCUGUACACUGCAGGAUGCAGAAGGCAUUAAGCAUCAUUCAGAGGGCCCCACUGUCCAGACUCCCAAGAGAUUUUUCUUUGGAGCGGUCAUUGACACAUACAGUUCUGCAGUGAAGCAUUCACCUGGAAGCAGGAGAACAGGAAAAGAUUUCUUACACUUAGAGGAGCCAACUGCUGAUCAGACUCCUAGAAAAACACCUCAUAAAGUUGCCCAGAAGCCACAGAACUCUGCCAGUAAACUACCAAGGAGAUCACCUCGCUUUCUCCACAGGACACCACAGAAGCUGGAGAAGACUCCUGGCAAAAAUCCAGCUGCUAAGCAGACUGCAGCUAAGUGUUUGGGAAAGUACUUUUCUCAUCCUGUACAAAGGGUCAAGUCACCAUCUGCAUUGACUGAAAGUAAGAGGGUUUGCUUACUGCAAGUGACUUCUAAGGAUUGUUCUCCCACAGAAAGACUUUCCCCUCCUUACGAAGAGGCUGACUUACAAAUACCAGAACAUGAAGGGUUUGCAGUGCUGAAUGCCUCGUUACCUCUGACAGAUUCAAAUCCAGCUGCUUCUUCCCCCUCUGCUGACCAGGAAAGAUGUUUUACAGAACUGCAAACUCAAAGGUGUUCUUUGAGAUACCUCUCAAAACUAGCAUCUCCAGUUGAUACUCAGAGGCAAAUCCUUCCAAACAAAAUUUGGGCACAGUCAGACCUGUUACCUCAAGCAACUGAAAGCCCUCCCAGGAAAUCUGAAGAUCCAGGUUCAAAAUUGUGUACCAGUCCACUGCAUGCAGAAAUACCAGAGCUCGGCGUGAGGCUAGAGCUUUCCUUCAAUUCUGGUCUCUCUGAAAGUUCCACAGACUCCAUGACAAUCUGCUCUGCUUCCCAUGCACAGGGUGGGGAGUCUGACUGGGAACUCAGUGCAUCUAAACAAUCUUCUCAAAAAUCGCCAGGUAUUACUGGCACUUCACUGAGGUCCCUGCUUCACACAUCAAAGCAGGCCAAAUGUGAACCACAUUCUGGAGGAGAGAACCUCACACUUGCAUGUGCAGCACCCCUUGAAGAUAAGGACAACUGUCAUGAUAAUGGUGGUAACUCUUAUGUAGAAAGCUUUCAGCUUUGUCAGUCCCAAGUUACUGAAAAUACCCCUGUAUCAGAGAAAAAUACACAGAUGGAUGUAGCAUCUCAAAAAUCUUCUCCAACAGAGGACUUGGAAAACUUGGAAAAGCAUUUGUCUCCAAAGCAUUCUCCUGGAGGGCAAGUACAUGCCCAGAAUGCUGGGCUAGGGUUUGAGCAAUUGGUUAAGGAGGGGAGCUCCAGUGCAAACAGCUGUGAGUCCUUCCUAAGUGGUUCUCAAACAGUUAGUGAUGACUUGGAACCAAGAACCCUGCUGAGAGAAGACUAUGCGGGUUUGAAGGCUCCAGGUCUGAAGAGACUCUUCAAAUUUGCCCUGAAUACUUCACCUCCUAUGCCAAAGUCUGCUCCUCCCUAUUCUUUACGCUGCACUGCAGACAGGAGGCAGCGGGAGGCUGAAGCACGGAUGGGAAAUCCUCAGAUUCUAGCUAAGGUCUCUACCUCUAAGAGUCGUUGCAAAAUGCCUUCUGCUAGUCCACCGACUUACAAAGUUGAACUUGAAAUGCAGGCUUCAGGCCUGCCCAAACUUCGCAUUAAGAAGAUUGACUCUUGCUCAUCUUUGGAAACUCAGCCUGAAACAACUGCCAGCAAACCCAAUGGAGGAGAAGGUCCCGUUGGUGAUCUUGCUAUGACCUGGUGUAGCAAACACCCGGGAAAACUAGCAGCUGCCUGUGGUUCACCCUCCUGCUGUCGCUCUUUCCACAGUACACCUGGGAAAGGUGGAGGACAGACCUACAUAUGCCAGUCAUACACUCCAACAAGCUGUGCCUCUAGUGCCACCUCCCCAUCCUCCUUAGAAGCAGGAGUUCCCUGGACGCCUUCUCCAAAGCAGAAGGGCAAGACUACCCCUGAUGCUAUCAAUGAUUGGCCUCGGAGAAAGAGAGCAGCAGGCAGUGCUGCUAAUGCCAGUUGUGGUCAAAGUGAGAAGAAUGGUGAUGAACAGAAGAGAGUGUCAACAGGUAGAGAAGAAGUGAAGAUCUCUGAGCAUUGCAGCAGUAAAGUAACAAAUAUUCUUGGGGAUUUUGAACUGGAAGGGAUUUGCAAGCUCCAGGAUCAGGCAUCUCCUAGUGACUCUGAACCCAGGGCUGAUGAGGACUCUACCAUGGGAGCUUUUGGCUUGAAGUCUCGAAAGCGGGUAUUUACGUAUCUGUCACCAGAAAAGGAGAAUCAUGAUGCCAAGAGAUCUUGCACUGACAGGUGCGAUUUGGAUCCUGCUGGCUUUUCCACAGAUGAGAGGAACAGGAGCAAAUCAAGGAUGGACUCUGUACUUCCUGAGACACCAGGAGCGUGUGCUCUCAUAACUCUUGAGCAGCACAGUCGUGUAGAUGAUGAUGUCUUCCUCUUGUCAGGCUCAACUCCACCAGUGAAGAACGUGCUCUCUGCUAGCAGCAUUCUAGCACUGACCCAGUCUCCACUGCUGUGCCAGGGACAGACACCGCCAUCUCGGAGAAAGUGUGCUCAAGAAGAGGAGUCUGAUGCCUUCCAAGUUACUGCCAACCAGGAGCUGUCUCCAUUCCACAUCAUGGCUUCCAGGAAGCAUCCCAUUAGCAGGACUUACCUACGGAAAAAGCUGCUCAGCUGAAGUUUGGAGCCAGAACAGUAUGGAAAACUUUGCAUUAUCCCAGCUGUACAACACCCUUUUUAAUAAGGACCUUAUAUUUGGUGUUGGACUGGACCUGUCUUGUGCUGGUUGGUAGGAGACUGGAUGCAAGCACAUGACAGUGGAAUUGAGGACCACUCUAAUUUGUAGGGUUUUCUUUGGGUUUUUUGAUACCCUCAGUUGCAGCAUCUCUCCAACUGUUCAAAGCCCAGCUUGGUCUUCCUAGCACUUCUGCAUGUGGUAGCUGAGUUCUGCAGCAAAGGUUCAGUUCUGCUAGGUAAAGAGGGAGAAUUGUCACUUUUCUACAGCUUUCUUGUAAAAUAAACUGAUGUGAAUUUUCA